UCAAUGCUUCACUCCCACUUUUGCCGUGGCCAGCCAGCAUCAUAUUUCUUCCACCUCUUUCGACAGAACCCGGCGAUUCUUCCCCCAAGCUGAGCCCUGAGAUGGUAGUGUGCCCCAUUUGCAACCGGGGCGUCAAGGCCUCCGAAAUCAACGACCACAUCGACUCGGGCUGCCAGGCCUUCCUCCUCGACGAGACCAAAGACCCGGCAUCGUCCUCGCCGCCGAACGGCACGCACACCAACAACCCCCAGAGCCAGCCGCCAAGCUCGACCCAGAAAAAGCGCUCCGCAUCGACCUUCUUCCAGACCCCGGCUGCGAAGCGACAAGCGCUGACGACCGCUUGGGCAACUACACCGUCACAGACCAACGGGAGCGGAGCGGUGAAAGCUGGAGUCAAGCGGACCUACGAUGAGGGGCCAGGACAUAACUCGUCCCCCGCCGGCGCGGAGGCGGGUGCGGGUGCGAACGCGGCGGCAGCCGACAACCAGGACGCACCGGCGGCGCCACCGGCAGAAGAACCGCGGCCGCGCGACGGCGGGAAUGGAUCAUUAGAAGGGAUGCCCCUGACAAAACGGUCCAAGAACGCGCGGACGGCUCCGCUCGCCGAGCGCAUGCGGCCGGACACGCUCGACGACGUCUUUGGCCAGGACCUGGUCGGGCCGAACGGGGUGCUGCGCUCGCUGAUCGAGUCGGACCGGCUGCCGAGCAUGAUCCUGUGGGGCGGGUCUGGCACUGGCAAGACGACCAUCGCUCGGUGCAUCGCGCGGCGCGUGGGCAGCCGCUUCAUCGAGCUGAACGCAACCAGCACGGGGGUGGCCGAGUGCAAGAAGCUAUUCGUCGAGGCGGCCAACGAGCUGGCGCUGACGGGGCGGAGGACCAUCAUCUUCUGCGACGAGAUCCACCGGUUCAGCAAGGCGCAGCAGGACGUGUUCCUGAAGCCCGUUGAGGCCGGCACCAUUACGCUUAUCGGAGCCACGACGGAGAACCCGAGCUUCCGGGUCCAGGCGCCGCUGCUCAGCCGGUGCAGGACCUUUACCCUGCAACCUCUCACAGAACAAGACAUCCAGCGCAUCCUCGUGCGCGCCCUGCAACAAGAAACCGAAGCCGAAGGUGUUCCCGUCAGUCCGCUCAUCGACCAGGAGCUCAUCCAGUACCUCUCCGCCUUCGCCGACGGCGACGCCCGCACGGCCCUCAACCUCCUCGAGCUCGCCCUCUCGCUGACCAACCGCCCGCCGUCCUCCUCGCCCUCGGAGCCGCCGCUGACCAAAGAAGCCAUCAAAGCGGCGCUCACGAAGACGCUCGUUUACGACCGGGCGGGCGACCAGCACUACGACACCAUCUCGGCCUUCCACAAGUCGGUGCGCGGCUCCGACGCGGACGCAGCGCUUUACUACCUGGCACGCAUGCUGCAGUCGGGCGAGGACCCGCUGUUCAUCGCGCGGCGCAUGGUGGUGAUCGCGUCCGAGGACGUCGGGCUGGCCGACAGCUCGCUGCUGCCGCUCGCCACGGCCACCUACACGGCCACGCAGCAAAUCGGCAUGCCCGAGGCCCGCAUCCCGCUCGCCCACUGCGCCGUCGCCCUGUGCCUGGCCCCCAAGAGCACGCGCGCCUACCGUGGCCUCAACAACGCCCUCGCUGCCCUGCAGGAGCCCGGCGUCGCCUCCCUGCCCGUCCCCGUCCACCUACGCAACGCCCCCACCCGCCUCAUGCGCGACCUCGGCUACGGUAAGGAGUACAAGUACCCGCCCAACUACCUCAACGGGAGGGUCCGCCAGGAUUACCUGCCGGAGCAGCUGCUCGGCCGCCGGUUUUUGGAGGACCGGGAUCUGGGGCUGGAGAUCGAUCCGGACGUCGAGAUGGCGGAGGCGGAGGCGGACGCUAAGUAAGGGGGUUGCCUAGCUGGUCGCUGUUGUUGGGUUAUUGGCACAGUAUACUGUCGGUUGGAUACGUGGAGCCGGUCGGUAAAGUCCGGCA